CUACUGGAGUUACUGAAUUUACUAUAGAUGAGAAUGAAAAUCCAAUAUCUCGAGCCAGACCAAAAAAGAUUGCACUCAAAGUACCACCAAAAGAUAUAGAAGAAAUUUUUGCUUAUAGACAAUUAAAACUUAUACAAGAUGCUGUAUCAAACCUUGCCAAAUAUGAUAAAGAUGAAGAUGAAGAGAAUAAUUAUUCUGAAGAUUAUAAUGAUUUAGAUAAUUAUGAGAAUGAUUAUAAAAAUGAUUAUGAAAAUUUUGCUUAUAAUGCUGAAAGACCAGCAUGA